AUGGCUCCCAGUCGCCUUGAAUCACCCCAGCAUGCCCCAAGAGUCCGGACGGCAGAAAGCCCACAGCAUACCAGCACCUUGGAACCUGCGGUCGAUGACCAGUAUGGUACAUACUAUCCAGCCGACCCGGAGACACUCAACCUUGAGUCCAAUUUCGGACCCAUGGACCCUAGCAGUGUCGGAUACCUUCAGCCGACUUCAGUCGAUACACCACUAGAAAUUAUGCAUGAACGAUUUGAGCGGGAUGGAUAUCUCUUUGUAAAGGGAUCCUACUUCGAAUAUAUGGCAACGAGCGGUCUGCUGAAGGAAGGAACCUCGCCUGUUGAAGGGAUCUUCUCUGGAAAAGACAGCCGGAAGUAUCUGCCGCCAGGGAAUCUCCGCCGUCUUUUCGGACUGAAAGACGACGCAGAGAGCGAGAAGUAUCUCGAACUCAUGAUCUCGGCCCAUUCAGCGCCUUUCUACCUAGAGUUCUGCGCGAAUGAAGAGCUUCGAAAGUUUAUCAGCAGAUUCAACGGCUGGAAGAAUCCACAAAUGCUUCAACGCACCAUGCUCCGUGCUUUCGUUCCCAAUAGCGAGUUGACCCCUGUCCACUUCGACCAGAUGUACCUACGUGCUGGUCCUCCUACAAGUAUCACUGCAUGGGUACCCAUCGGAGACGUGUCUCUCGAGGGCGGUGGCCUGAUGUACCUUGAGGGCUCCACUGAUAUCGGUCAGAAAUGUGAAGCAGAGUUUUCGAGAAACGCACACAAUCUGUCAGAUGAGGAGCGCGUUAGUGCUUUCAACAAGAACAUGAGUGAUGGUGGCUUCUUGAGCCGCGAUACAGUGGCGUAUGGAAAAGAAGUGCAUCGAAAAUGGCUCAUUGCUGAGUACGAGGCUGGAGACGUUAUCUUCCAUAAUCCGUGGAUGGUGCAUGCUAGUUGCAAGAACAGGGAUCCUAAUGGUAAGAUUCGGCUGGCAACCGAUUUACGAUUUGUUGAUCCCGAGAAACCUUACGAUCACAGUGAUCUUCCGAAGCACACCUCUUUGAAUGAUCUUCUAGACUCUGUCUGCUACCGGGACAUCGAGCUCUUCUAUCUGAAAGACCCCCAAAGCAACCGGGAUGUUCUGUGCGCUAUCAUCGAGUUCCGCAACCUCAAAGGUCGGCCAGAAGGCGCCGAUGGGGAUUACCAACUGGCGUACUGCCCUAUUGCCCAAAUUAUUUCAUUUGCCUUCCGUGACGGAGAUUUCUCGGUCGAUGGCGUCUCAGUUUACACUUUGCCGAAAGUAUGGAGGACGCUACCACCUUCGGCUUACGCACUUGGCCACCGAAACCUGAAAUUCCGGAUGCCCCUACGCUCAGCGGACAGAUUGUCGUGGAACGUCGUCUGCCACAACGCUGGCAUCAAGAUGUUUAUGACAAUCGCGGCCGCUUUUGCGGUCAGUAUCGCUUUCGUGGUUCAUUAUAUUUGCCAGUCUCUGUUCUUCGGUCCUUUGGCUGGGAUCCCAGGGCCGAAGUCCUUUGCUUUAACGAAAUGGCGACUUGCUUUCGAAGACUACAAGGGCACGCGUACCCGCAAACUUCAUGCACUUCAUGAGCAAUAUGGGCCGGUGGUCCUCGUGGGUCCAAAUGAGAUAUCAUUCAACAGUCUUUCGGCAUUGCGUGCAAUUUAUGGGGCCGGGAGCGGCUUUGAAAGGACCACAUUCUAUAAUAUGUUUUCGGCAUACGGGCGGCAGAACAUGUUCUCGUUUAGCUCUGUGAAACGGCAUGGCGACCGGAAAAAACUCUUCGCACAUGCAAAGUUCAUAGAGCUUUUGGAGAGAGAGCGCAACGGUCGAUCUAUCGACAUUUUCCCCACACUACAUUACUUCUCUUUGGAUAACAUCACAGAGUUCGUAUAUGGCGAUGCUGGCAAAACCGCAUGUCUGGAUAGCGUGGAAAAAGACUGUGCACUUCUUCGUGAUAUUAUGGCCACUGGCAGUCGCAGAUUUACAUGGUUCAUGGUCCAUCACCCGAAAUUCACGACUUGGCUUUACUCGAGGACCGGAUUAAUGGGCUGCAUCGCUCGUCGGUUCUACCCACUGCAGGACCCGAUACCAUACACCGAUAUCAAACUGCAUGCAAUGAAAGCUUUCCGGACGUUCUCGAAUUUCUCGACCGAAGAGAAGGCCAAGCAAACUUCUCUCAUCUCAAAGCUCUGGAAGCAUCAUUCCACUCAGAAAGAGGGCGGCCUAGAUGAUCUCGACAUAGCUGACACUCUUAUGUUCGCAAUUUGGUCUCUUUCUCGCCCUAAACAUGAGAAGUUCCAGCAGAGACUCAUCAAUGAAGUCCGAAAUCUAUCAGAAGACGAGCUUAAUGCGGACGGUAUACCACGGACAGAAGUGGCCAGCAAGCUAGAAUAUGUGGAUGCAGUUAUCAAAGAAACGCUGAGACUCUUCGCGCCUCUUCCAGCGUCACAACCAAGAUCGCUACCAAAAGACACAACCAUCGAUGGUUAUCCCAUUCCUGCCCGUACUGUCGUUUCAAUCUCACCCUAUAUUCUACAUCGGAACGAAAAUGUUUUCAGGGACCCUCUAACGUUCGACCCAGGCCGCUGGCUUGAUCCAUCUCAGGACGCUGCGGCAAUGAAUAAGUUAUUUUGGGCCUUCUCUAGUGGCGGACGGAUGUGCAUUGGGAUGCAUCUUGCCAUGGCUGAAAUGACCACGUUUCUGGCUGCGCUUUACCGCAAAUAUACAACGGAACCCAGAGAUGGCUUUGACAUUGUCUCCCCUGGCAUUACUAGCCGUUUUGAGGUCUUUUAUGACGAGAGUUGCUGUGGUGUACGGGAACAUCAAUGCCAAAUUGUAUUCAAGCCCCAGUGA